UCUGUCUGGAGGAGCAUCUGUAACACUGAUGUGUUUUCAUUGCAUUUUCUAAAGGUUAUUCUCACUGCGGUUGCUUACUAUUGAGCUGUAAGGCUGCUAACCCCUGCACAGAUGUGGCAGGUCAAGGGUCAGUGGGCUGUUUCUCACUGAAACAGGAAGUGGUCCUUUCUGUAUGUAUUAAUAUAACUUUACAAUAAGCUGGCCAAUUAUACACAUGGCGUUCAUGUUUUAUGUGCAGUUGCACUAUAGCAAUCCAUUGUGACUUGAAACUUGGAAUUCUGAAGAUAUAGCAGGAUGUCAGAUACCUUGUAUUUGUAAAGAAUCUUAGAGACACAAAAGAGAUGUGGAACCUUAAUGUCAACAACACUUCUACAUACUUUUGUCUGGCAAUGUUGAGCACAAGAAUGUUUAAGAUUUGUCAGCAUCCAUUUUAUAUACCAUCUGCAAUAAAGUUGUGUAACUUAUCAUCAGGUUUCCAUCAGAUUCGCCGUAAGCCAGCCAAUGAGAUGAAUAAUGGGCAAGUAAGACUUUUGAUGGAGGUGUUUGAUUAUCCAUAUCGGGAGACUUACAAGAUUGUGUACAGGCACAAGGUACUGAGAACUCUGGAUCAGAAUCUCAUACAGAGAGUAGCAGAUAUAUUAAAUAGAUUUGGAAUAGAGAAAGGAGACAUAGCAGAGCAUCCACUAGUGCUGACAAUUUUUCCAGCAACAAUAGAAAAUCACACCAUGCUCCUUGAAGAAGGUGGUUUUACACAUGUAACUGCAAAACAUCUUAAUAGCUACAUCACCAUAGUUCGAAAGCCUCUCCGAUUACUCAAAGUCCAUCAAUAUAUUCCAUCUCACAUUGAUGUUCCUGAAAAUUUUCUGUCUUAUUUGAAAGAGCCUCCUCCAUCAUUUGAUCCUCUUCACUCAAAAGGUGUAUCUCACGACACAUCAUUUAUGGAUAUACAGAUGGCUGUGUUAAGCCACUACCUCUGUUGGAGACUUGAAAUGAAACCAGAUGAACUGGAUUCACUAAUGAAAACAUAUAGUCGAUUAAAGCAUAAGAGUUUCAGACUCAUUGAGAAAUCAUUGAAAGUACUGGAAGAAGAACUUGGAUUCAGUAAGGAAAAGAUUAAAAGACAUGGAUAUCUUAUCCACAGUCAUGCAGGCAACACGUUAGACACACUCAACCGUGUUAAAACUCUUGGAGGCAUGGAUAUUAGAACUAUGUUUCAUAAGUACCCAAAAAUCAUUGCUACUGCAACAGACACUCUGAUUAAAACAGCACAGCAUUUACAGGAUUUUGGUAUCCCAGAUGAAGCAAUACAAAAAUGUCCAGAGGUGUUUACUCUGGGCAGUGAUACUGUGUUCCAGCGACUAGGAGCCCUACAGUCUGUACCAGAAUUCACUGGUCUAGCAAGGCAUCCUCGAGUCUUGCGACUGGUGCAUCAUCAACGCAAAGCUUGUUCUCGGCUCGGUUAUCUCCAGGAUAUGAAAGUGAAAUGUGCCAGUCUGCACAUUUUGUCAUCAACACAAGUGCAAUUUGAAAGGUCUCCAGGCAGUAGUUGCUGGAUGGCACGGAUGUUGUGGGGGUACAUUUUCAAGCACCUGCGCAACACCGUGUGGGCACUGCCAAUGGAGAGCCCGGACUGACUUGAAAGGCUUCUAACGAACUUCCGGGGACUCACAGCAUAUGCAGCUUGCACGUUGACCAACUUUUCCUCUGUUAACACCUUCGGUCGACCGCUUGUCGAUGCGUCCUCGACUUUCCCUGUCUCCUGAAACUUGUCAUGUAGCCGCAUGAUGGAGGAUUUGUUUGGAGCAACUGUUCCGUUCUUUUCUGAGAAGGCCUCUUGUGUCCUGGCAUAACUGCCGGAGUGGAUGUACUGUGUGACAAUAAAUAUAUGCUGCUGCAACUUGUACCCUAUGGCUACUCAAUAUUUUUUACCACCUGGACAAAAAAAAACAAUUACAUGUGUUGAACAACAACAUGCAUUUCCCCAUAAGGUUGCGCGACUUUUUGAAUACUCUGUAUGUGCAUGUAUGGGAUUACAACUGUUAUUGAUCCUUACACUACUUCCUCAUGCCAGCCUCCUCCUUCAUGUCUCCAAUGAUCCAUAUAUCUUGACAUCAUCUGUCCAUCUUCUCUUCGGUCCACCUUCCUUCCUAUCCUGCAUCAGCAGCUUAUUACAUCUGGUUUUCCCCAUAUUCUAUUUGACUAAACAAUUGAUCAUGCCACUUCCACUCUCCUCCCUACUUCCAACUAUCUCUGAAUCCAUGACACCCUACAAGUUGUAUUAACUAAGAUUUCUGUCUUCUGGGUUUUUGAGCCGUGUAGUAUGGUCGAUGUUUACCAACGUUUCGGAGGUCAUACUGCCUCCAUCAUCAGGGCGAUGAAUCGCCCUGAUGACUGUUCUAAUACUUAAUUUCUGAAGAGUUAAGUCUGGCUUCACUGCUUUUAUGAAUUCCCCAUGCUUCUGACCUGUAUGCGCAAAUGUUAUUCUGUCGCUCCCUAGUAUGCAGGCUGACAAAGCUCCAUGAUGUUAGUUAAGCUUGGAUUCUUGAUUGUAGGUUCCACUGAUCUUGGAGUGUUUGUUCCGUCAAAGUGUGGGCUGAAAGCAAGCGCACAGGUUGUGCAUGUUAAAAGUCCUAUUUUUGUGGAUAUUCCUAUACUUCUUUUUUGUGCAUGCAGCGCAUAGUGGAUGUGUUCUGUCUCUUUGUUUAAGCUCUCAAACUACUAAACAGAUUUAGAUGAAAUUUGGUAUUAUGAAACUACACUAAAAGUUUCCAAGAGUUUUCAUUUUUCUCUGAAUGUGUUGGACAGUGAUGACAUAUUACUAACAUGUUUGCUUUAGACUUUAUCUACCAUCAGUCUGUUGCUGUCAAAACAAAGUGUUUCAACAGAUGAAUCAUUCUUUGUCUUUAGGUGUAAAAAUGGAUGGGGGAAGGGGAGGAGCACUUGCUGUGUUCAGUCCAGUAGAACAAGUUACUAUUGCGAGGCUGAAUUCACUUGCAUGUCUGUAUCAAGUAGGCAGGUGUUUUUAUUUUUGUGGGUUCAGUUUUGGUGCAUACUGGCACAUUUGUAGCUUUACAUAAAGCCUACUUUGUACUUCAUCAUGUUUGCUAAAAUGGAUAAUCAUACAGAAAAUUACUACAUUACAUAAAAUAUAGCUGUUCUUGAUAUCUAGAACUUCUAUUUUUCAGUUUAAUGACAUGUGAUAUCUGCCUUCAUUCAGGGUGAUAUUUGUAGUGUGAUUUAACUUUGCCACAGUAGAUGUAUGUUAGAAGUAGAUGAACAUGAAGGCUAAAUGAGCUAUACAAAAGUACAAAGAACAUUUUAAUGUCCUUUAUAGGAGUGCAUCUUUUUACUUUUGUUCUUGUUGUUUUACUC